UGGGUCCUGAGCAUAUCUCGGGAACAUGGGAGGCGAGAAUACAUCACUGGGCACCAUGGACACGAAUUUACGCACUCAUUCACACUUAGGGAUAAAAACAGGUGGAUGUGUUUGGGAGGUAGGAGGAAACUCACAUGGACAAGCUGAGAAUAUGUGAAGCCUCACACAGACAGGAUUAAACCGGGGACCCUGGAGAUGGCAACAUUAUCCGUUACACCACCAUGUCAGUCUAUAAAGUAUACUAAAUGAUAAAGUAGUGGCUCAGUGGUUAAGGUUCUGUAAAAUAGUGAUUGGAAGACUGAAAUCCCAGGACUCAGGAGCCACUGUUAGGCUUUUGAACAAAGUUAUUGAUCCUCAACUACACAGUUAUAUGAAUAAUGCUUUGGAUGAAUGUAUCUGCAAAUGAGUAGGUUUAGUGUGCAUCAGAAAAUCUCUGAUUCUCAAAUACUAGACAAAAAGGAUUUAGAAGAUAGGAUGGGUAAUUUGACAUAAUUCUGUUCUGCACUUCAAAUUGUUUUUGACUAAUGGGUUCAUUUGACUGUAGUUUCAGGUGAAAUUAACUCUACAGUCUUAAGACAUUGAGCUUUGGGCCACUGAAUAAUUAUUUUAGCUUGCAGUUGAUUCUCUUUAUGAAUACACUUAAAUAUUCAAACACUUGUAUGCAUGUUCAAAUAGGUUGAUAAAUACACUGCUGAAUUUAAAUACACAUCAAUGCUGAGAACUGGUACACUAUAUACUACAUCACCUUUGAGAUGAACUGGAACACAGACUGCACCCCAGACCUUCUCACACAACAUCAGUACCUGCCUCACUAAUGCUCUUGAGGCUGAAUGAAAAACUCCCCACAGCCAUGCUCCAAAAUGUAGUGCAAAGCCUUCACAGAAGAGUGGAGCUUAUUAUAACAUUAAAAAGAGGAGACUAAAUAUGAAAUAGGAUGUUCAAAAAGCACAUAUGGGUGUGAUGGUUAGAUGUCCACAACCUUUUGGCCAUGUAGUGUAUAAUCCUGUGCUAGACACAGAUAUAUUAAGAUGACAUAUUGAUUAGUAUGAGCUUUUCUACCUGGCUUAUGUGUACUUAAUAAAUUUGGCAUUACUUUUCCCUGUACUAACUUACACCACUGUUACUGAACAUCUGCAUUAAUAUUCCAAGUACAUGGUAACGUUGUACUGUUUUCAGUUAGGCUGCCGUCAUAAAAAUACAACACACAUCUGAUUAUAUUUGUAUGAAAGCUGUUAACAAGGGCCUCACGAUAAAGACUACAAAACCCAACAACCCCAUUCCAAUUUCCGGUGUGUAGUUCCUCGUAAAGGGAAAAUAAAAGUCUCCAAUAUAAAUACUAUGAAAUACCAUGGAAACGCGACGCUAUCUUGAAUAUCCGUCGUGCUGUAAUUAGCUGGCAUAACGUUCAAAAAGUCAGAGUUUUAGUUUCUCAAGUAAACCUGAACUUCUGAAUUACUGGACAUAUUUGAGCAAUGCCUCAGAAAGCAGUCAAAGUGGUGGCUGAACUUCACGUUAAAGCGGUGACCUGUCCUGGAGUGCACCUACCAGCCAAGGAUGACAUUUACCUCAGUGUGUGCCUGAUGAACCAGUACAGAAUGUCACAAUGCCUACCAGCUGUAUUCCCAUUACGGUUUAAGAGGAAAAUGACAUUUGACAAGAUAUUCAAGUAUGCCAGUGAUCCUGCAGAUGUUGCUGAAAUGUUGCAAGGUGAAACUGUUAAAGUUGAGCUUAUACAGCUGAUUCCCCCAGUUGGGGAAGUGUUGGCCGUAUAUGAGAACGAUGCUAGAAGUUUUCUUUUCCCAGAGCCUAAGCUGGUGCCUUCUUUUUCUGGGAGAGACCAUGAAGUGCUAAUGACAAGAGACCCCACUUUCCCUGGUAUUUCUCCAAGGUUAGAGUUCUCCACCAGGACGAAAAUCAGCGAGUGCUCUGAGAGGGAUCUUUUCCAGAGUGUCCCUGUGAGAGUAAUAACAAGGAAAAGAACAAAGUCGUCCAGACAUCAGGGCUGCUUCUCUGCACCAAGAGGCCUCAGGAACACAGAGAUGCUGAGGUCCCGUUCCCUCUCUCCGUUCAGGAGCUCCGGUUCAAGCCGGAACAACUCUGAAACUGUAAAUAGUCAUGUCCCUGAUGAUAACUCCUCAGACACAGAUGAUCUCCUUGACAACACAGAGGAACCAUCCCAGUGUAAUCCUCUUUUGGGAUAUGAGGGAUCUCCCAGCUCAGUUGCACUGAGUCGCUCCAAAAUGGCGUGCCCGAAGCUGAACAGUUCUUUCUUGUACUCGCCAAACUCGUGGGAAGAGGUUCAGGAACGAGUGCGCAGUCUCAUCACCUCUCCCCGAGCCGUGCACAGACUGGCCUAUGGUGCAACGAAGUCUGAAAGAGACGAGGUGUUAGAGCGCAGGUCCAUAUCACAGCCCUCAACUUUCUGAGAGCAAGGGUUUUUCAGGUGCACUUUCAUCUGCAAGUCUCCCAUUCUACCAAAAGGUGUUCUGUUGGAUUCAGAUCUGCUGACUGGGAAGGCCACUGAAGAACACUGAACUGUUCAUGAAAGUUUGAGAGGACUUAAGCUUUGUGACAUUGUGCAUUAUUGUGCUGGCAGUAGCAUUAGAAGCGAUGAUUGAUUAGUAUUAACAGCCCAAAGUGUGCCGAGAAAACAUUCCUCACACCACUAUGCCACCUCCACCAGCCUGGACUGUUGACACAAGGCAGGUUGGGUCCAUGGAUUCAUGCUGUUGGCACCAAAUUCUUACCCUACCAUCUGUGUGUCACAGCAGAAAUCGAGAUUCAUCAGACCAGGCUACAUUUUUCCAGUCUUCAACUGUCCAGUUUUGGAGAGCCUGCGCCCACUGCAGCCUCAGUUUUCUGUUCUUCGCUGACAGAAGUGGAACCCAACGUGGUCUUCUGCUGUUGUAGCCCAUCUGCCUCAGUGUUUGACGUGUUGUGCAUUCUGAGAUGCUUUUCUGCUCACCACAGUUGUACAGAGUGCUUAUCUGAGUUACUUUAGCCUUUCUGUCAGAUCAAACUAGGCUGGCCAUUCUCCAUUGACCUCUCUCUUCAACAAGGCGUUUCUGUCCACGGAACUGCCGCUCAAUGGAUGUUUUUUCUUUAGUGCACCAUUCUGAGUAAACUCUAGAGACUGUUGUGUGUGAAAAGCCCAGGACAUCAGCUCAAAUAGUAAUACUCAAACCAUACCAUCUGGCAACAACAAUCAUGCCACGGUCAAAAUCACUGAGAUCACAUUUUGUCCCCCAUUCUAAUGGUUGAUGUGAACAUUUCCCGAAGCUGCUGGCCCGUAUCUGCAUGAUUUUAUGCACACGACUGGCUGAUUAAAUAAUUGCAUGAAUGAAUAGGUAUACAGGUGUUCCUAAUAAAGUGCUCAAUAUAAUAUAUAAUAUUAUAUAAUAUUAUCAUGGUCAUUUAAUUAAAUCAGUUCAGGAAACUCUCUCUGAGUGAAAUGUU